AUGGCAGAUUUAUCAGAAAAGGCUCGUACGUUGCACAAUAAGAUGUUGGAAUUUCCAUCAUCAACGUUAUUCAAUCAAGAACAGCUACAGGACUUCAUUCAGAUUUCAGUUCUCGCUGAUCUAUUGAUGAUUGCCCAGGAAUUAAUCAAUAGAAAAUUGGUUAAAUUGGUAAAACAAGGCGAUGAAUUGAAAUUUCAGGCCAUUUCAUUGAGUGAAGCAUCCAAAAUCACGUCCAUGUCGGAGGACGAAGCUAUGAUCUACUCUUACAUCGAAGCGUCUGGUCGUGAAGGUAUUUGGACCAAAACUAUCAAAGCUAAAACUAAUUUGCAUCAACAUAUUGUUGUCAGAUGCUUGAAAGCAUUAGAGAACCAGAGAUAUAUCAAGUCCAUUAAGUCCGUUAAACAUCCAACAAGGAAGAUCUACAUGUUGUAUAACUUACAACCAUCAAUAGAAGUCACCGGUGGUCCAUGGUUUACAGACUCAGAAUUAGAUACAGAAUUUAUUGAUUCAUUAUUGACUGUCAUUUGGAGGUUUGUGGCUUCUAAAACCUACCCUACUGCAUUUCAAACUCCGUCUUCCAAUAAUAAUAUUUACCAAUCUUCUUACCCUGCAAACCAUACUGGAUUCGUUAAUUUGGAUACCAUCAUAGAAUUCAUUACCUCCAACAAUAUCACUAAUAUUGAUUUGGCAAUUAACGAUGUGAGAUCCUUAUGCGAUGUCUUAAUCAACGACGACAAGUUAGAGCUUAUUAAGCAUACAAAUGAUAUAUUUAAAGCUACAUGGCAAAGUGUCUUGGAAGCUGGAUACGGUAGAGCUUAUGCAGACGAAUCAUUCGACAAAUUAGUGGAUCCUUCAGUUAAGCUGUUAGUAACAAACCAAUCAUUCUCCAUAUUUGAUCAUUUUUCAGUCAUCGAACCAAGUGCUGAGCAAGAUCCUGAUUUGGUUUACCUUGACUCUUGGAUUUAUGAAUAA